AUGUUUCUCACAUUAUUGGUGUUGAUGGUGAUAUUUAUUGCCCUGGUGAUCUUGUUGCCCCUCCUAUCGGGCCUCUUCACAUACUCUUCAAAUCCAUCCUACUUGGAGAAGAAGAAGCUAAGACAAUCCGAGAAGUCGAGUCUGAUAGACAGCGACGGAUACGGCGGAUACGUUCCUCCAGACGAACAAAUCGAGCUUGAAAACAAUGCAAAAAGCACAGGAUCAGGUUUCUACUCGAAAAUUGGCCAUCUGACGUCGGAGGAUAUCCCGGUCAAGCUCCACAUGAAGAACGAGUCUGGCUUGAAGAAAAGAUCCAAUAAAAAUCAGCAAUUCGCAAAUGCUGGACCUGGAGAGUACGAUUACGACCUGAACGAGUUAAUAAACGAGGAGCUCGCAGAAGACAACAGAGAGAAGCUACAAGCUUACCGUCCCAACAUUUCUAACGAAGAAGUGUGA